AUGAAGAGAGACUGUGUGUUGUGCAGACAUUUCCAACAACCAGGGAGAGUAAUGCCGGUGAGACAAAGAAAACUGAUUGCAUUGCAAACAGAUGGACAAGAGUGGUGGAAAACUAAACCCAAAUACUCUCCUAAAGUUCUCAUUGGAAACUGGCUGGAAGAAAGAGAAAGGCUUAUAAAAGAUGUUGAGACACCUGGCCGCAGCAUAUACAGAACAGACUUCAUUUGGUUCCCAGAUCUUCAACAAGUCCAAACACUAAAGAGAACCAUGAUGGAAAAAAACGAGGGUCUGCCGACACAGCACUUCUUCAACCAUCACGAGGAACCAAGAAGCCGAAAUUUAGUAUCAGAGUAUGAUGAUAACUACAACAGACACAGUUACAACCCUAUGCUGCCUCCUCGCUGCAUCUGGAAUGGACACAAGUUGGCUUGGGUUCCUAAGAAAUCAGAUUUCCCCAUUCUUGAACCACCCACCAACUAUGGCCUUCUUGAAUACCUGAUGGAAAAAUGGCACGAGAAAGAAGAUGGAGUGAUGAAGAGUGUCUACACCAUCUCCUAUGAAAAGCCACCGAUUUCUGCUUUUGCUACUCGUCGACCUAAACAACCAGCCAAAAUUUAUGACUACUCUUCCAACCCAGGGUAUCUUCCCCCAAAUAUAAUUAGAAUCAUGGGCUCUGAAAGGGUUCAGAAUUAUCUGCAAGCCAUCGAGCAACUGGCGAGAGAUACAGAAGGAAGGGAUGCCUCUGUGUAA